CUACGUCACCGUCAAACGCCAUGGCGUAAAACAGAUUGGCGGGAACGUAAACAAUAAUAAUUGUUUCCUUUUUCAGGGUAGACACACCCCAGGGUGGAAAUUUUAUUUAUUGAAUAAGUAGUAAUUUUUAGUGAAUAUUUUAAUUAGAAAAACGUAAUGUAUGCGUCGUUAUUGUGUAGUACUUGAGAAGGUUAUGUUAUGUCAACCUUAGUGCGUGUUCAAAACUAGUUCCUCAAAUAUCAACAAAAAAACUCCCGCGAUAUAUUUGCAAACAAAAACAAAUAAUUCAAAAUGCAAAGUAUUUCAAUGUGAUUCCCGCGCAUGGUGAUAAAAAGAAUACAAUCUAACAAAAGAAAAAUUAUUCUUUCCCGCUAUUUGUAGGCGUUGUUUUUUAAUACACCUAUGAAAAGACUGCAGUUAUCCAGGUAGUUAGGAAACAAUUUUUACAAAAUGGUACUGUCUGAAGGAGAGGAUCAGCUGCACAAGAAGUUAUUAGACUUGUGCAGUAAAUUAAAUCUGGACCAAAAGACCAUUUCAAUAGCUUGGGAAAAUUUCACAAAUAUAAAUAAGAAUAUUACUUUAGAAGGAGAUGCUUUGCAAUGGUUAGGUUGUGCUGUUUUCGUUGCUUCACAAUUUGUAGAAAUAUCAACUGUUUCAACAAUUCCAUCUUCUCCUGUUAUUAAAGGCAGCGGCAUAAAUCUGAAGAGUCUAUUAAGACAUAGUAAUUUAAGCUUUGUGCAGUUUUUUACAAACAUUAAUUUAUGGGCUGAUAUGGCUAAUUUAUCAGAAGAAUUUAAGAGUAACGUAAAUCGUCUUAAAGAUAAUUUUAAUGUAGCUCACAGUACAUUUAAAAAGUAUUGUUUUCUGUUUUCUAAAAUAUUUGUUCCACCAAAUUUAGUAGAAUUAGAAGCGUCUAAGCAUCACCGAAAUAGAAAAUUGAGGCCUGUUAUGUGCAAUAGUUCCAAAGUUUUUGAAUUUAUAUGGAAUCUGUUCAUAACAUUAAAAGCAGCAGACUCGCAGUAUAGUACAGAAUUAGUGAAAUCUUUUCAUUUACUCUUUGCUUGCCUAGACUUAGCAUUCAAAAAUGCUUUUUUGGGGAAAAGAAGGGAUCUUCUAAAUCCAAAUUUUGAGUGCUUACCUACUAAUUGGAAUCAUCCUGACUUUGUGUCACCUUCAGAGGCUCCUUGUUUAAUAGGUUAUUUUUGUAAAGAAAUGGUGACAGAAGCCAUGCAUACUAAAAUCUAUGAUUUGAAGAUACUUAUUGGAAAUCUAAUUAACAACAAAGUGUUGACAGCCGAUUCAAGACAUUUUACUGGAUUAUUUGAUCAAAAUACUUUUGAAAGUAAUUUUAAGAAUGUUGUCAAUACAUAUGAUGCCCAUUUACUCAAUACAGUAGAUGUGGAUGAAAAAAUAUUUUUGGCUGAAUAUCGUAGACGACUAUUAGAAGAGCAACAAAACCAGAUUAAUUUUGAACAAAGUGUUAAAGCAUCGCCAAUGUCAUAUUCAGCAGAGUGUUCAGUUAUUACUUCUCCCCAAAAUAAUGGAAGAAAUGGAAUUGCCACACCACGUGCACCUGAUACUCCUUUAACUGGUAGGAGUUAUUUACCUAGAGAGGCAGACACUUCACCUUUAUCAGUUGACAAAUUUUUAACGCAGAAAAUUACCCGAUUGCAUAAUAUCUUGAACAAUAGAUCUCCUGCCCCUAGUGAAUACCUCCUAAAAUUGUUUGAAUCUUGUAGAGUGGAUCCUACUUCAAAAAUUCAAGACAUUUUAAAUAACUUGACUGAAAAAUUUAUAUCUGCUUACACUAACUCAUUCCAAAAUUGCAAAGAAGAUGCGAAAACCGUAGAUCAAUAUGCUAUUACCCUAUUUUAUAAAUUCAUCGAAAAUAUUUUGAAAAAUGAGAAGAAAAUCAGAACUGAUAUAUCCGAUCUAGUUCAAAAAGACAUAUUUUAUAUGUGUAUGUUCACGUGUUGUAUGGAGAUAGUUCUUUUUUCACAUAAUUGUCCACAAAAGUUUCCAUGGAUUCUAGAAGUAUUUGACAUACAACCACUUCAUUUUGUCAAAGUCAUUGAACUAAUUGUUAGAUCCGGAGGUCAACUAUCACGGGAAAUAAUAAAACAUUUAAAUAAGAUCGAGGAAACUGUUCUUGAAAGUUUGAUGUGGAAAUCUAAUAGCUUAAUUUGGGAAGCUAUCAAUAAUUCGGGAGAAAUUAUUCCAAAAUUUGAAGAAACUGCUCUUCCUGGUCAACUUUUGUAUAGUGCAGCAAAUGGAAAUCGAUCCGAUUCAACUGAAAAUUUAAAUAAUUCUGAUGAACAACCAGUACUGUCAGCACUUGAACGUUUUCAAUCCCCUAACAGGCAAUUGCUCCCUAACGUUUCUGCUGGACAGUCAUUAUUAAUUGAAAGCAACCCAUGUGUACCUCGCAGACCUGGUAGUUUACCAAUAAUAUUUAGGAAGUUCUACAACUUAGCUGGAAUUCGGAUGGAACAUUUGUGUUUAAGACUAGGGCUGUUGGAUACAGAAGUCAAACAAAAAAUAUGGACGGCAUUUGAACAUUCCAUUCAAAAUAGUGAUUUGAUUAGGGAUCGGCAUUUGGAUCAACUGCUGAUGUGUGCUGUUUAUGUAAUUUGCAAGUUAACUAAUUCGGAUCUCAAGUUUCAAGACAUAAUGAAGUUUUACAGGGACCAGCCACAAAGUAGCAGUGAUGUUUAUAGGCAUGUUUUAAUAACAAGACAAAUUACUGACGAAGGCGGAGUAACUAUUCCUGAAGACCGUAGUGACCUUAUUAAAUUUUAUAAUUCUGUGUAUAUUGAAGUUAUGCGAAGAUUUGUAAGCCAAUUCAGAAGUACGGGACAGAGAAGCAAUUUAUUACUCAGUCCACUUCCAGCAGUAAAAAGAGAUUUAACAUCGUCAAGUGUGCAAGUUGUUGGAAACGUCUUUGUACGUCGAUUUGAAAGUCCAUCUACAGGUUCAAGUGAUAGCUUCAAUUACGUUUUUAAUCGUAGUCCUUCUAAGGAUCUGAAAGAUAUAAACAAAUUGGUCAACAACAGUAGAGUUGCAAGCAAAAGACUUUUGAUUGAUGGUGACUUAGACAAAGAAAUACCUCCCAACAAAAGACUUUCCAAUCGGAAAGUUCAUACUCUAGUGGAAGAACGCAGAAAUCAAAAUGGAGAGUAAUCAUUCAGUGAAUACUUAAUUGUAUGAAAAUUCAAUACAAAAUCACUUCAUUUGAUUUUGUACAAUUUUUUUACUGAGUGAUAUUAGUUAUCAUAACAUUGGAAUUGGAAAAUUUCUGUAAAUACUAGGUUUAUUAUUAGCAUUGCCACUUUCAAAUUAUCUGUUCAAUAAAGCAAACAAUUUAAUUAUGAAUUUGAAAUAUUAUAAUUACAAUAAUUAACACAAUGAUUUUUCACUAAUUACUGAAGAUUAAGUUUUGUGACAAAAUACAUUACUGUGACUGUUGGGUAUGAUUUGUUUCAGCGAUAACUAUAUUUUGUGUUUUGGGAUUCACACACCUAAGUGUUUGAAAACAAUCUCCAAUUAAAUCAUAAUUGUAACCAGUAAUCGUAGAUAUAGAUUAAGAUCGCAUCGUACUGCAACCUUAAAGUUUACUGUGAUAACAUAAAAACUAUUUUUGACAUCCACAGCUUACCUUACAGUUCUAAUGUAAAAGAUUUGGAUUCUAGGCUUAGUACUGAAGAUAUCUCAAUAUCAUUUAAAAAUGCAAGUGGCGAUGUUAAUUAAACAAAAUGAUUUUAUUGCAAUACAUACGUUAUUAUAGUUUUUAAAUUCACUUUUAUAGGUAUUGUGAUUGCCAAAACAUUCAAUCAAAUUACAAUUGUUUUAAUACUCAAUUAUAUUUCGUAACUUUAUAAUUAUAAACAAUUCAAAUAUGUUUUUGAUCUCUUUUCUGCACUUAACAUGUUUUUAUGUAAUAUAUCCAUUAAAUAAGUUGAAAUUUCUACUACCUUUUGUGAAUAUUAACUUGAACUCAAUGUUUACUACCACUAUCACAGUUGAGGAUUGGUAAUAUACUUUACUUUGUUGUAUUGUGAUUACUAAUUAUUGACCUGCAUCGCCCAGGAUCAAAGUAAAAAUUUUCAACUAGUAAUUAGAAAUCUUUUGCUUGUUUUCUUGAUUGCUUUCCUCUUUAAUAAAUGAUUUAUUCAUACACUUAGAAGGAAAAUGUUUUUAUGAAAUAUUCAUAAUUUCUCAAUAAAUAUUUGUGAAAUACGAAUUGAACAAAAAAUUUUAAUUUAUAUCGUGAAAAACAUGUUGAAUUUUAUUGUUUAUUUCUCGAAUGUUACUAAUUCUUGGAACCUCACUAUAUAAAAGUAUAUUGUAAAAAUCUUAUUAAUAUGGAAACCAAUAUAGUGUGGAAAAUAUCUUUUACAUAUAUUCAUAUUAAUUUUUAUUUCAAAAAUACGUAAUUUUACGAUAAAAUUCAAACAGAAAAACUGAAAAUUUGAGUUGUGAAAUGUAUUGGACCGAUAAAUGUUGUUUUAUGAACUUCAUUUACUUCCUUAACGUAUUGUGUGUUCCGUGAUUGUUAAUUAUUAUUAUAUUGAUUGUAUAGUCUAUGAUUUAUUUAAACUAGUAUAAUUUUCGCCUCAAGAUGGGAACUCAUAAUAUUUUUUAUCAUGCUUUAUGAAUUGAUGACACCUUCCCCCUCUCCCAAAAAAGAAAAACUGAGAAGCAUGUUUAUUGAAGUUUUAAGUAUAUUUCAUUUUAUGGAGAUUUAAUUGAAGCUACAAAUAUAAUCUACCUUUUUUAUUGGCGAUUAAAUACCCUCAUAUCAAAUGCAAAUUCUUGAAACAUUGUGUAUGCUUUGCUCAGAUAGAUUUCAUAAUAGCAAACACCUCCACAUCUAUGGUAGAAGUUUUCUUAGUGGGAUUAUUUAUGGCAAAAUUGGUUGGCACACCAAAGUGUCCGAACUCUAAUAUAUUUCCGAGGUUCCGAAAACUUAUUUAUUCAUGGUCAAGUACAAUAUAAAAAUAUGUAUAAAAUUAUAACAAUAAUAAAAAAUACUUACAUCAAUUAGUUAAGAAUUGCGGUGUUUAAUUAUGUAAUACCUUAAUUUUUAUUAUUUUAAUACUUUUAUACAUAUUUUUAUAUUGUAAUUCAACAAGAUUCCAAUACUAGACAAUGAAUACCUAAGUAUUCAAAAGGUUGGAAAUAUAUUAGAAUUAGUACACAUUGGUGUUUACAUUGUGAAAACGUUUGGAUUUGGCUUCUCAGUAUUUCUAUUAGUUUUCAACAUUAGGUGUAAUUAUAAAGUUCCUGUUGAAUUUAGUUUAUAUCUCAAGAAAUUAAUAAUCAUUUUAUGUAAUUUUGUUAUUUUUAUGAUACUAUGUAGAAUUUCACCAAAUAUUAAAUCAGAAACUUGGAAUUAAAAAUGAAAUUUUUAUAUUAUACAGCUUUGUAUACAUAUUUGGAUUAGUGUAGCUUAUUUACUUACGGAAUUAUGGAAUAUAUGUGGUAAAUAAACUUCAUGCUCUUUCCUGGCCGCUCUCUGCUUCUUUGUUUUUCUAUUUCCAUAUUGUUAGGGGUUCCUAUUGAUAUUCAUCUGCCAUUUGGUCUCACUGAUUUUUCUACAUUUGCGUAUUGAAGUACCUAUUUUAUUUAUUUUUUUGGAAUACAUAAAUCAAUCCAAAAACAUUCUUUUUGAAUUCUCGCUGGUUGAGAUACCAAGCUUUUCUUCAAUAAAUAUUUACCAAUGUUACUAAAACAUAUUACUGCCAAUAUUCUUGAUGCUUCUUCUCUUUCUAUCGAUUGUUAUUUGUGUUAUCUUUUCUACGUACUAAGUCCUUAACCAAUUGUAAGCUUUAUUCAUUGAGAAAUAUAUUGUGCCUGAAUCAUGGUCUCGGGUUCUUGGUUACUAACUCUAUAUUAUUCACAGAUAUACCCUAAUUAUUUUGCCAUCUUUCAAAUUUCCCUAUGGCUUUUACCUUUACCCACAGCUCUUUUUUUUUGGCUUCUUCGCCUCUUUCUUGGCUUCUACCUUCGUUUUAAAUUAUGUUUCAUGUCUCCAUUAAUGUUUUCCUAAAUGUAGCUGUCUUCUGUUCCUUGUUUAUUCUCUAUUACUGGUUUCUUUCUUAAUUUUCAAUUUGCGUAUUUUUCAUUAAUAUUUUCUUUCUGUUGAAAAUACACCAUCUUAAUUUAGGAUUACUUUUUUGGCCAAAAGAUAAUUUUUGAUUAAAUAAUGUAACAAUAUAAUUUGGAAUACAGAACAGAUUUUGUUAUAAUCCUAAUAUGGUCCCAAUCAAAUAUUUAUAUUUACAUUGUGUUUUAUAUAUUUUUGUUUGCAUAACUAUUAUGUUUAAGUGAUUUUAGUAAAUUAAUAACAGGGGCAAUUUGUAGAUAUUCAUAAAUUUUAUUUAUUAUAGUAUACUAUACAAA